GCCCCCAUCCCUUUGAUCUCCUUCCUUCAAACCACCAAAUACACCAUCCAUUCCUCAUUUCUCAUUUCUCUCUAUCCGAAUCAUCUUCAAUUGAGCCAACAUGACUUAUGACCAAAUCGCCGUGGGCGGUGGGAGCUGUUAUCUGCUUCGUACAAAUGGAACGGUUAAAAUGUACAGUGCAUACUCCAUAAACUGGGUGACCUUAGGUCAGGAUGAGAGCAACAGACAGAUCGUCGGCAAUGGACCUUUCAUCCGUCGGGCAAAUGGUGAGGUCUACGAAUAUAAGGAACAUAAGUGGAAGCGGCUUGACACCUUGACCAAGAUGUGGGUAUGGGGUGACAUCACUUGGCGAUGGCAGGAACAGGAGCACUUAUUGUCGUGUCACGACUUUGGAGCCCCUGACGAAUGGAGAGUUCGGGGCGGUGAUACUCAGACGAAGGACCUGGUCAUGGUCCAGAAUUCUAUUUACCAACUUGCCGAAGAUGGGACAAUUUCGUAUCUCAAGAAGGGAAAGUGGAAGAUCCUCGAUGACAAGAAUGCCACUGCGAUUGCCACAGACGACAAUUCUCUGUUCAAACUCGACAAGCAAGGGUUUGUCUCCCAGCUUUAUGGGCAACAACAGUGGCAGCUGGUUGGGGUGUUCCCCAUUGUCCAAAUUGCCGCCGGUCGUGCAGGGCUUUUUGCACGCCAUGAGAACGGGUCAAUUUAUGAACAUUGUGGAGGCAUGAUUUGGAACCAACGCGACAUGAACACGGAUAAUGUUCAUCUUGCAGUCGGAGAUGAUGCUUACCGAGUGAACAGCAAGGGAGAGCUCUACAGAUUUGACCGUGGGGAGAGAAAUUGGGAGCUGCUCCAUAGUAACCUGACCAUCUCUCAGACGAAGGAACAGAUUGCCAAUCACAUUCCAUCAAAUCCCAUUCUCUCCAUUGGGAUUGCAGAAACCCCGUGGUGCGGCGUGUUGCGAUCUCUUGCUCUUGGAUUUAUCGACUUCCACGCCUCAAUCUCCCCCGAUCCCUUCAAUGUGGCCUGGAACUUGAACACCUCAGCCAAGCUUAUUGAGUCCUUGCAAAACGGCAAAGUCGAUAUCGUAAUCGCCAGCCACGUACUCCCCACCCGCCCUGAAGCGGAAACAGCCGCCGGCAGCACAGACACCGUUCUAUAUCCUAUGCAUUAUCUCUUCAACGACCAUGUUCUUCUCGUGGGACCACCCUCCAACCCAGCUGGGCUGGACCCGGAAUCCCACAUAACCACAAUGCUAGCGGACUUAGUCACAGCAGGAGAAAGGAACCCCACCUGCGAAAUGAUGUUUCUCGGUCGAUCCGGGGACUCAGCCAUCAAGGCCAUUGAGUCCGACUUGUGGAACCAAGUCAGACCAUGGAUGAUCCACUCCCCCAACUGGUACCAGGAGACCGUAAUGACUGAUCAAGAGAUGGACCUCGCUACCGCCGGAAAUUUGAACAUGUACACCCUAACGGAGCGGAGCUUCUUUCAAUUCAUGGGCCAGACUGCUCUUGGUUCUAGGUUUAUAAUAUACAAAAGCAGCGAGGAUGCCCCAGAUGAGAUCCCCCCCAUCCCUGCUCAUUUGGUGAUCAGUGCUCAAGCGCAGGCUUCUAACCUAGCCAAAGACUUCGCGGCAUGGGUUACUGGGCCCGAGGGACGAGCAGUCGUGAAGAACUUCAAUAUAGGCACGGUUUGGGGGUUCUCAGCCCCAACGAACUGAGGUACUGGUGGGAGUUCGACUUGUACUUAUGUUGGGUGUUGCUAUAUUUAUUUAUUAUUAUUUGGCACUUGGCUCAAACUGGGUACUUUUCUUUCAUAGAGAAAUCGAAG